ACAUACCCACGUAAACAAAAACACUCACAAAAACAAAAAUUUUCAUCCAACACGUCAAAAUUUAAUUUCUCGACGCAAUCGGGCUUAAUUUUGAGCAGAAAUUCGACUGAUUACUACCGAAUCAACGAACGCAGAAAAUCAACAUGCAGGAAUCCGACGUUCACAUUGAUGUGAGCGGUGACAUGGAGCCGCCAAAGAAUGAAUCCAGAACUAGGUUCAAUCUUUCUACAUUCACCAGCUUCGCACGUGUACCAAAUAUGUGGGACCUGUUACGCCUAACUCGACAGAACGUACGUCCAUGGUCUGAGUUCUUGCAGACGGCCAACUUUAAAACCGUUGCCAACAUACCUCGACUGACUAACCGGAUUAUUCGAAAUUUAGCAUACUUCCAAAGCAAUUAUCUGUUCGUGUUUCUCGGGCUGAUUGUCUAUUGUUUAUUGACUUCACCACUGAUUUUGAUUGUUCUGGCGGCUAUUCUCUACGCAUGUUACAAAAUCAAACAGGCUAACGCACCGGUUGCCUUUUUCUCCCGGCAGCUCAACACCAAUCAGCAGUGCAUUGCGGUGAACAUAGCUUCGAUUCCACUGUUGUAUCUAGCGGGCGCCGGGGCUGUCAUGUUCUGGGUGCUGGGAGCUUCGUUUUUUGUAAUUUCGUUACACGCGGCCUUCUACAAUAUCGAUGCGAUUGUAACCGAGGAUACGGAAACGUUCCUCUCCGAGACGGUCUAAAGGACCGAGUGUACCGAACACGUACGUCAAUUGAUACGAGGUUGUAAUCUUCCAGGAAUACCACUGUGGGUAUAUCGGUCUACUCUCGAAUCUGCUAAAUUUGAAGCGAGAACAUGUUCAAUCAGUCCUUUUUAUUAUAAAUUGUUGAAAAUUUUAACACGUGUGCCGAUCAAUUUGCAAUCGAUUUUCCGAUACAAAUAUGAAUGUGUAUUACUAUAUAGUUUCUAGCAGUAAUAGCUACUAGCACUGACUAACAAAGCCACUCACUAUACAUGCAUCAAUUUUGAUAUCGAAGAUAUUUGCAGUUUGUCAUCACUUUGUACCAAGUACAGAACGAAUAUUGCGUGAUAGAAUAAAUUCUUUAUCGUAA